AUGUCUCAGCUGUCAUUUCCUGAGUUGGAGGCAGCAGCUGGCUCCGUUAUUGGAAUCCUUCAAACCAUGCCAGAAUUCUCGAGUGCCAAGAUUGCCGUGAUAGGGGGCUUAGGUCUCUGGAAAUACCUCCGAACCUAUCGCACCACAGAGGACGUCGACUUCCUCAUAACUGUCCAGGGGGCUCCUCAGGCAGUUAAAGAUAAGCUGCUUGCUAUGCCAUCCUCCCCAUUCCAACAACAGGCUCAGCUAUUUGUCUACAAAUCGUCAAAUGGCAAAUCAAUUCAGAUUGACAUCACUCCUGAUUGGCAGUCACCUUAUGUUCCAUCGGCAGCACUGCCAGUAUCGGCGGUUCGACGAAAUGCUCUUCCAUAUAUCUCCGAACUUGAUCUGCUCGUAUUUAAGAUCAAUAGUUGCGGAUUACGACCCACGGCGGGGAAAAAGAUUCGUGAUGCAAAUGACGCCGUGGAAGUGACGGAACAUCUUAGCUCCAAAGGGCCUAUUGUUUUGUCAUCUUUCCAGAAGAAUGCUGUGCUUCAAGGCCUGAAUGAUGCUAUUCAAUUGUCUGGCCAUGACAGAGCAUGGUGGAUGGCGAAGCUGGGGCUGAAAUAA